AUGUCGUGGCGUAGAAUUGAUAUUGACCAAUAUGAUGAAGAUGCAUAUACAGAAAACGAAUUCCUUUCUGAAUUUGAAACAGGAUUAACACCUGAGCAAGUUAUGUCUGCUACUCAAACACGAAGCACUGAUGUUCGUAAUUUACUUACAAGAGGCGAUUUAAAUAAUGCUUUAACACGUGCUUUGGAGGACCCACCUUAUGGCCAAAAUCUCGAAUUAGCAAAGACCGAAAGUACAAAAACAGUUACAGAAGUCUUAAACUUAUUCCGUGCAAGUGACAUAUCUCAAAUUGUCAAAUCUCUUACUCAUGAACAACAAGAUUUAGCUGAGGUUGCUGGAAAUGGUUGCAUUGUUCGUGUAAUGACUGAUAAACGUACUGUUUUUUAA